UUUCUGGUGGUCAAACAACUUCCUCUGAAAGACCUUUGAAAGAGGACACCUCACUUCCCAAGUCAAUGUCACUUAAACCGCAAUGUCAAUCGUGACUGAUCAGUUACGGCGCGUGGACAGCCAACUUGACCGCGUCCACCUCGUCCCACGCCCGAACCAAGAUACCUUCUUCGAGCAGAGCCACAAAGCCUUGUCCUCCCUUCGAAUCGCUGAACUACAAAAUAUAGUGAAGUCUUUAUCUACCACGUCCUCUUCAAGCCCACUUUUGCCGUCAUGGAGGAUUUCGAUGCUGCUGGAGGAAGCUGCUCUCUCGGAGGGGGUUGUGGUGGAACAAGAUGAAAGAGAGAUGAUGAGCACCUAUGAGACAGAAUUGGAAUGGCUACUAGUUAGCAAGGCUACAGUGCAGACGUAUGGCUUGCUGCUGAACACUUUACUGGAGCAAACGAUACCGGUAACGGAUGACAUUUGGUAUUGGGAUGAAGUGCUAGGAUCAUAUACGUAUUCGAGCCUUUACACCGUCCAAACGUCACCGCUAAGGUUCUGGGCUUGGUCGAAAGAUAUCUACAGUGACACAAGGUCAAGAUUUGGACGGUUGAGAGAGUCACCUGGAGAUGCCAUUUCUCCGAGGGAGAUUGGGACAAGUUUAACGGAUCAAUGGAAGCAGUUCUACGGUCUGGUCAGGGAGAGCAUACGGGAGAGAUCUGUUGCGGAUAUUCAACGGAGAGUUCUGUCUCCAAUCGCGCUUUGUCGCUCUGAAGCAAGACAUAACCAGGCCAAGUUGCGUCGACUACGAGAAAUGGGUGCAAGCGGGCUGGGUGUGCUCAUGGAUGAGGGCCUGAGCUUCGACAUCAAUGAUGAGGGUGCCGAGCUUGCAAAGACCGACGAGACUGAUAGUCAUGAAUGGAAAGUCGUCGUUGAGCGAAGCGUUGCCUUGAUGGAUACGGUACUAUCGAAUGUCACGACUCUGGACACCGGCGUAUCUGAUUUCGAGGAUACAGUAUUUGCCAGCGUCGAAGAUGAUCCGGAGAUCUCGACAAGGGACGCUGAUGUUCCGCAAGUGGCACGACCGGCAAAGCUAUCCAGGAGACUCCAGCAUAUCCUCAAAGUCCAUAUUCCUAAUCACAUCAUCACGUCGCAGAAACUUACUUCCCAGUACGGUCGUCCAUCCAAACUUGUUCGAUAUUGGCUCCCAGCUAGUAUCUUGCUCUUAUCCUCAACUACAAUACUACGAAUAUUCGUCAAUCGAGAAGCGGAAAUCAUUACCUGGAUCAGGGAUCUCGGAACAACAGUACGAGAUUUUUGGCUGAAUUGGGUGAUCGAACCAGUGAAGAAAAUUAUUGGCACCAUACGCCACGACAAAGAAAGCGAGGUUGCUAUCAUGAGCAAAGAGAGCCUGAAGGGUGACAGAGAUAGCUUGGAGCGGAUGGUUGUUGAUUUUGCCAUCGAUCAUCCCCGGGUUUCAACUGGGGACUCUGUACUAAGUGAAGCUCAGAUUGCAGAUAUCAGAGUCAAGGUCAAGGAAGGGGAUCUCACGCCAGUCCUUCGAGCGUACGAGAAUGACCUUCGCAAACCAUUUAUCGGUACUGUUCGAGGCGAUUUGGUGCGGACCAUGUUAAUCCAAAUCCAGAAGACGAAGGUUGAUGUUGAAGUUGCAAUCAGUGGCAUCGAUGCGUUAUUGAAAAGCCAGGAGCUGGUAUUUGGCUUUGUCGGCCUGACUCCAGGCAUCCUGGUCUGUUUUGCAGCUUUCCGGUACCUAGGGGGGGUGCUUGGAAGUCGGAGAGGAUUGCAGAAAGGUCAGAAGGCAGGACAGACCAUCCGGGUCCUUCGAAAUAUCGAUCGGAUCCUUACACUAGCCACACCAACUCAAAACAACCUGCUCUCAUACAAAGAUCACGGUCUCCUCUUGUGCGAGGUUCAUGUGUUGCGGAACUCGGCGAAGAGGCUAUUCCCUGGGAACAUAGAGAGGGAAUUCCUGGAGGAUGUCGCUGAUCUGUGUAACAUCAACAGCGGUAUCCAGGCACAGCUCAAGGUUCUUGACCGCAUUAGAUGGGGUUACGCAAGGUGGUUAAGAUAGAAGGAAAACGUGCAAAAAUCAAAAAUUAAACCUUUGGAGGGAAACAUUAAAGGAAGAAAACUGCCACCAUUCGUAGUGAUGUAACUGAGAUGUCACUGGAGUAUUGUUCACGGAUGACUGGG